AACAGAGAGAAGUAUGAACAAGGCUCUUGCCAGCCUGGCCAUAUCGCCCAUUAAGCUAGAAGCAUCGGAGCAUCUCUUUGUGAAAAAGGUGCGACUUUUUCUGAAUAGCAGUGGACUCCCCCGAGAAAGUAUCACCCCCCGGAGGGCCAUCCCAUCAUUGAGGCAUCAAGUAACAUCCCCAAGUUGGCACAUUAAGUCCCCUCAGAGGAGGAACUUCGCCGAAGUGUUUUUCAAACCAACGAUGAGUGGCACAGAGAGUGAGAAAAAAAAGUACGGACAUAUGUUGGCGGAAGGGGAGGAACCCCCAGGAGGGAAGGGCUUAUUGGAGAAGGAAGCGCACUCCAAGGAAAGUAACAACUACGAAUGUAAAUCCGACUACGACUAUGACUAUGUGGUGAUCGGGGGAGGCCCUGGCGGAAUGGCAUCCGCGAAGGAGGCAGCAGCGCACGGAGCGAAGGUACUCCUGUUCGAUUACGUGAAGCCAAGUAACAAAGGAACCAAGUGGGGGAUAGGAGGGACAUGCGUGAACGUAGGAUGUGUGCCAAAAAAGUUGAUGCAUUACGCAGGAAAUAUGGGUAGCCUUUUCAAGUUAGACUCUACUCCAUACGGUUGGUCUUGUAACGAUUUAAGUCACAGCUGGGUAAAGCUAGUUACCACGGUUCAGUCUCAUAUACGCUCCCUAAAUUUUAGCUACAUGACAGGACUCAGAUCAUCUAAGGUAAAGUAUAUUAACGGAUUAGCUACCCUAAAGGAUAAACACACCGUGUCGUAUUACCUAAAGGGAGACUUAUCAAAGGAAGAGUCCAUCACAGCUAAGUACAUUCUCAUCGCAACUGGGUGUAGACCACAUAUCCCGGAGGACGUGGAAGGUGCAAAAGAACUUAGCAUAACAUCCGAUGAUAUUUUUUCUAUGAAGAAGAGUCCAGGAAAAACACUAAUCGUUGGAGCAUCCUAUGUUGCUUUGGAGUGUGCAGGGUUUUUGAACUCAUUAGGGUACGAUGUCACUGUUGCGGUGAGGUCCAUAGUACUUCGAGGGUUCGAUUCUCAGUGUGCACUCAAGGUAAAGAAUUACAUGGAGGAGCAGGGAGUGCUCUUCAAAAAUGGAGUUCUUCCAAAGAAGUUAACCAAAAUGGAGGAAGAAAAAAUAUCCGUCCUUUUCAGCGAUGGCACUAGUGAACUGUUUGACACCGUCCUGUACGCAACAGGAAGGAAAGGAGAUAUAGACAUGCUGAACCUGGAUCAGUUAAAAAUCCAAGUCAAUAAAAAUAUGAACAAAAUUGUUACCAAUCAGAUUAGCUGCACCAACGUUCCCAAUAUCUUUGCCGUGGGAGACGUCGCUGUAGACGUCCCUGAGUUAGCUCCUGUAGCUAUCAAAGCGGGGGAAAUACUAGCCAGGAGGUUAUUUAACCAAUCGAAAGAAAUCAUGGAUUAUACGUUCAUACCGACGUCUAUUUAUACCCCCAUCGAGUAUGGAGCCUGUGGUUACUCAGAAGAAAAGGCAUACGAAGUGUUUGGUAAAUCCAAUGUUGAAGUAUUCCUUCAGGAAUUUAAUAACUUAGAGAUAUCUGCUGUGCAUAGAGAGAAACAUGUUCGAGCUCAGAAGGAUCAGUAUGACACAGAUGUGAGUAGCACCUGCUUGGCCAAGCUCGUUUGCUUAAAGAGUGAGGACAACCGAGUCGUUGGAUUUCACUAUGUGGGUCCUAAUGCUGGGGAAAUUACUCAGGGUAUGGCUCUCGCGUUGAGACUGAAGGCUAAGAAGAGCGAUUUUGACAACUGCGUGGGAAUUCACCCCACGGAUGCAGAGUCGUUCAUGAACCUCACCAUCACGCGCUCGUCCGGCUUGUCCUUUGCCGCCAAGGGGGGCUGCGGAGGGGGAAAGUGCGGCUAG